CAGCACACAUAGGAUACACAGAGCUGCCAACCGCGCUUCUUCUUACUAUGCUCUCCAUAAAGUGUCAAAACGGAUACAGUGUAACCCAGUAUUUCUUCCUUUGGUCUCUUGUGGCCUUCAUUACUGCGAAAGGAGAUGAAGUGGAGAAUCCUGCAAAGGUUCAUGGCACUGACAAACCUUCUUCUGGGAGUCAACUCGACUUGAGAGAAGUGGUGUUUGUCAUCCAGAGCCAGAGGAACUCUUUCCAUGUGCGGCAGGCGGAGAAACUCAGAAAAGACCUUCUGCUGCAGACACAAACUCUACAGGAGAGUCCUCCUGUCAUCCUGCUCCUGCAUACGCUGUCAGACAAUGAAGGAGACUGGAGCAUUCUCCCUCUGCUGCCUCGCUUGUCGUCACAGUUUGGCAAGAACUCAUCUUGGAUCAUGUUUCUGGAGGAGGACACAAGAGUAAAACUUCAAAAACUUCACGAAGUACUCAAAAAAUUUGACCGCAGAAAAGAGUGGUUUCUUGGCAAACCACUACAUGAUGAAGAGUCCACCAUCAUCCAUCAUUAUGCCUUCUCAGAGAACCCCACCGCUUUCGAGUACCCAGACUUCUCUGCAGGAUGGGCUCUCAGCAUCCCUCUCAUCAACAGGUUGGCAAGCAAAAUUGAAGAAGAGCCUUUAAAGUCGGACUUCACUAUAGAUCUAAAACAUGAGGUGGCACUGUAUAUCUGGGAGGAUGGCAAAGGACCUCGACUGACAGGCGUCCCUGAACUUUGCACGCUUGCAGAGCACAAUAAAAGAGCUCAGUCCUGUGCCACCACUGUCAGCAGCCAUUCACCACUGUGUGGUGAGCCUGUGAAGAUCGAAAACAUCUUCGUAGCAGUGAAAACUUGCAAGAAAUUCCAUUCUGACAGAGUUCCCGUGGUGAAGAAAACAUGGGGUAAACAAGCCUCUCUGCUGGAGUAUUACAGCGAUUACGCUGAUCCCUCCAUACCAACCAUUAAUCUGGGAGUGCCAAACACAGAGAGAGGUCACUGUGGAAAAACAUUUGCCAUCUUGAGGCGGUUUUUGAGCAGUCACGUGCCCAGAACUGACUGGCUGUUGAUUGUGGAUGAUGAUACUCUAAUAAGCUUGCCCAGACUGCAGGCCUUGCUGAGCUGCUAUGAGUCCAGUGAGCCGCUGUGUCUGGGAGAGCGGUAUGGUUAUGGACUGGGUCAGGGAGGAUACAGUUACAUCACUGGUGGUGGAGGGAUGUUAUUCAGUCGAGAGGCUGUGGUCCAGCUGUUGUCCAGCGGCUGUAACUGCUACAGUAAUGAUGCUCCUGAUGAUAUGGUGUUGGGCAUGUGUCUCAAUUCUCUCAGAGUCCCUGUCACACACAGUCCACUCUUCCACCAGGCUCGUCCGGAGGAUUACGCGAGGGACUUUUUAUCCCACCAGACCCCGAUUUCCUUCCACAAACACUGGAAUAUAGACCCUAUAGCGGUGUUUAACAAGUGGCUGAAGAACGAAAAACAUACAGAAGGACUACAGAAAAGCACUAAGGAGGAAUUAUAGUGUUUGUGCGCAGAUGUUUGUCUGGUCUGGUGUGUGAAAGUGUGUCAUUGUGCGUCUCUCUUUGUUAUAUAUAUAUAUAUGUUUUCUAUAUUGUGAAUCUUGCACAGACAUGGAUGAAAGGUGCCUUCUGGUCUGUAUGAAUGUCUUUAAAUGUUUGUUUUGUUUUGGAUGGGGAGGUGCAUGUUGGAAAACUUAAAUAUUUAUAUCCCACGGUUAUCGCAACCUGUGCAAGGUUAUUUGUACCGUAGGUUGUUUUUAAACAUUUUGUUUUCUAAAAGAUUUGUGUGGAAUUAUUCGAUGAAAUUUAAGAUAAACUUCAAAUCCCGUUGCCUUAAA